AUGGCCAAGACUAGAGAGCUGUGUCAGGACAUCAGGGCUAAAAUUGUAGACCUGCACAAGGCUGGGAUGGGCUACAGGACAAUAGGCAAGCAGCUUGAAUCGAAUCCGCAGAUUGUUUCUGCGGAGGAAUGUGACAGGCACCUUGGAGAAACAGGAGCAAUCUUCACCUUUGGGAAGAGCAAGUUUGCUGAUAAUGUGCCCAGUAAAUUCUGGCUGAAGAAUGACCAUCCAGAAGAAAUCUCGUGUGGGGGUGAUCACACUGCUGUCGUAACAGGCCAUAGCAGGCUGUUCAUGUUUGGAAGUAAUACCUGCGGUCAGUUAGGACUGGGGUCAGAGAUCAACAUCAACAAGCCCACUGCUGUGAAAGUGUUGAAGACUGAAAAAGUGAAGUUUGCAGCAUGUGGAAGAGACCACACAAUCGUGUGCACAUGGAGUGGGCAGGUUUAUGGUGCUGGCAGUAACCAGGAGGGGCAGCUUGGUUUGGGACACUGUGAUGACACAAACACCUUCCACCUGAUUCAUCCCUUCUCUGACCACGCACCAAUCAAAAUGCUCGCUGCUGGCUGCAAUACCUCAGCUGCUCUGACAGAGGAAGGCAGGCUGUUCAUGUGGGGUGAUAACUCGGUUGGCCAGAUCGGUCUGGGGGCAGAGAGCUACGCCUCAGAGCCGAGGGAGGUGAUGGUGGGGCAGUCAGUGGCCUGGGUGUCCUGUGGAUACCACCACUCAGCGUUCGUCACAGUGGACGGGGACCUCUACACAUUUGGGGAGUGUCGGAACGGAAGGCUGGGUCUAUUUCGUGACCAGCUGGCCAAUCACAGAGUCCCUCAGCAGGUGGAAGGCAUCCAGGAUCCGGUCAUCCAAGUGUCCUGUGGAGGGGAGCACACAGUGGCACUCACAAAGGAGGAUGUGUACACGUUUGGGCGGGGUCAGCAUGGUCAGCUGGGCCACGGGACCUUCCUGUUCGAAGCACCUCUGCCCAAAGCACUGGUCCACUUCCGGAACGGCAGAGUCAGUCACGUCACCUGUGGAGAGAACCACACUGCUGUGAUCACAGACAGUGGGAUUCUGUACACCUUUGGGGACGGUCGCCAUGGUAAACUAGGACUGGGGGAAGAGAACUUCACCAACCAGUUCAGACCAACACUGUGCCCACGCUUCCUCAAAUACAGUGUCCAGUCAGUGGCAGGUGGCAGCUCUCACAUGCUGGUGUUGGCUAUGCCCAGACCCCCAGAGGUUGAGGAAGUGGUGAUAGAGGAAGAUGAUGUCACAGAGACCAUUCUGGAGACUCUGGAAACCUACACUGAGCUGCUCCUGAUGGAUCCCUCCCUCCUCAUGUCCAACCCACCGACCACACCUCCUCUCUGGACCCUGUCUGCUAGGGCCCGCCGCAGGGAGAGGGAGUGUUCUCCAGAGCAGUUUGGCCAGAUGUUCCGUAACCUUCCUCCUCUGAUGUCUGGCUUCUUCAACACCUCCCUUCCCGUGUCCAGGAACAUCCGCAUCUCCAGAACACCAUGUACAGACCCCUCCACCUCCUCACUGUCUUCCAAUCCCUCCUCAAACAACGGCCCCAGUCCCUCUCUGUCACUCAAACCCAGAGGCAAACCCCCUUUAACACCAUCACGGUCACCCCAAUUUACAUUCCCAGACCCUCCCAGCCCUUCACUCUCCUCAAAGUCCAGCCCUAAGAAGAAGAAGCCCACCCCGUCAAAAUCACCAAAACCUACAUCUAAAGAACCCAGUAGCCCCUCACAGUCCUUCCUAUCCAUGCCUAAACUCAUCCCCGACCCCACACUGUCCCCUAAAACCCCCUUUAAAAAGCCCACAGAUUACAACCAAUCCCCCAAAACGCUGUCUAAGGGGUACCCCAGCCCUUCUCGGAGUCCCACCUCACCACAGACAGAUAGGAACGAGGACACAGUGACAGAAGCCGCUGAUAGCCUGAUGCUCAUUGAGAAUAUUGAGAAUGAAAAGGACACGUUGUCAAACCUGGCAUCACUAUCGAGAGGAGAUCCUGGCAAUGAGACUACAUCUGCAGAGCAGAAGGAUAAGGGACAUAAAAAGGGUAGGGUUCUUUGGAGAGCUGUGAAGGAGGCAGAGAGGAAGGUUGAACAAACCCUGACUAACAGGAAGGAGGAGCUACCUUCCCAUGAAGCCCUUCCCACCGAGCUCCAGAGAGGUUCCAGUUUGAAUUCGUUGAAGGCAGAGGCCAUGCCCACAAAGAGUCCCAAACCACUAAAGACCCCUCAGACCCCCCAAACCCCAGCCAGGGGCAAGGAGAACAUCACUUUGACAACAGAAAAGGCUGGCCUUAAAGUGAAAACCAGUAAACUAGAGAGCAAUCUUCAAAGUACAGGUAAAGCAGGGUCUAAACUAAAUACACCUGCAAGGAAACAAAGCAAGUUAUCUGUAUCGAAACCCAGCACUCCUAAACACAGACAGAUCCAGAUAUCUGUGUCUAAACCCAGCACUCCAAAGCAUGGUCAGAUCCAGAUAUCUGAGGUGAAUAAAGGUACAGAGAUGAAAGGUAAAGGCCCUGUAAAGAUCAGAAGUAAGGAGGCCGAGGCGACCAGCACUCCCAUCAAAAUGAAAAGUUUGGAGUCCAAAGACAAGAAAUCAAAAAUUGCAGAGGAAGAUACUAAAACUAUUGAAGUUGAAAAUAAACCACUUCAAGGGGUCAAGUCCGCUCCAGUCAAAGUUAAAGGUAAACAAUUAGAGGUCAAAUCCACCCCUGUGAAAAGUAACAUUCAAGAGGCCAAAUCCUCUACAGUCAAAGUUAAAGGUAAACCUGUGGAAAAGGAGCCAAUUCCAAGUAAAACUGUGGCUGAAAGCACUCCUUUGAAUGUAAAGAGGAUUCCUAAGGAGGUCGUAGAUAAGAACAAAACAUCUGAAGGUAAAAGCACUCCUUUGAAUGUAAAGAGGAUUCCUAAGGAGGUCGUAGAUAAGAACAAAACAUCUGAAGGUAAAAGCACUCCUUUGAAUGUAAAGAGGAUUCCUAAGGAGGUCGUAGAUAAGAACAAAACAUCUGAAGGUAAAAUCACUCCUUUGAAUGUAAAGAGGAUUCCUAAGGAGGUCGUAGAUAAGAACAAAACAUCUGAAGGUAAAAGCACUCCAAUAAAGGGACAAAGGAAGGCAAAAGAGGUGAAUGAACAAAAGACUGGAGAGUCUAUUACUCUCAAAGAGUCAGGGACAACAGAGGGGAAGAAAAUGGCAGUUAAAGAUAAAGGCAAAGUCACAGAAACAAAAAGUGCAUCCACCAAAACAAAACAUGUGCCUAAACCUGAAGAGGUUAAAGCUAAAUUGACUGAGUUGAAUGGAACCCCGGUGAAACUGAAAAGCAGGCCAACAGAGGUUUCCAGCCAACCAAUCUUAGUAGAACCUACCACAAAGGCCAAAUCACCAUCCGCAUCACUGUCAUUAUCAGAUGCAAUGCCUCAAAAUGCUUGGGAUAAGAAGUCAGCGAAGUCUGAGCUUAGAGAGCCACUGGCUGUCUCACAGGUCAAAGAUAGAGUGGCGGUCCCAGGGGAAGAUACCAUUGGUGAAUCCCAGGAGGGGGAGCCUGGCUGGGGAGGAUUUCUCAGCGAUGCAGCCUCUCUCCUUCCAGCCGUGGGGGUGGCAGGCGUAGCCAUGGGGGUCUUGAGUGAGGCGGUGACAAGUGUGAGGGGGCUUCAGUCAGAGAGUGACACAGCCACUUCUAUCCCUCCUCGGCGGUCCAGCCGGGUAGAGAGGUUCACCAAACAGAGCGCCAUCACCCAGCCUUCCGCCUCCUCCUCUUCAACAUCAGAUCCCAGUGCAGUAGCGCCAAGAAACAGGACCUCCAUCUGCAUCAGUGUUCUCAGGAGUUCUGAUCAGGAAGCAGGGAGCAGGAGUUCUGAGAAGAACCCAGACACCACAGAGGAUGCUAGUGACAGGUCGGGAGGUCAGGCCGAGGUUGACGACGAUGAGAACACUAGUAGAGGUCAAAGGUCAGAGGAUGAGGAUGAUGAACUUGAAGAUUUCACAAAGAGACAGGGAGAGAAGGAUGACAGGAGUAGUGAGGGUCUGGAAGAAGAGGAGGAGGAGGAUGACAGGAGUAGUAAGGGUCUGGAAGAGAGCAGUGACCAGAACGAAGGGGGAGAAGCAGAAGACAGUGAAUCUGUGGCUAGCAGAGAAGGAGAGGAGGAUAGAGAAGAGAAGAGUGAAGAGAGCCAGGGCUCGGAGGGGGAGGAGAGCAAAGAUAGUGAUUCUGAGGGGACGGGAGAGGGGGAGGAGAGCAAAGAGAGUGAUUCUGAGAGGACAGGAGAGGGGGAGGAGAGCAAAGAGAGUGAUUCUGAGAGGACAGGAGAGGGGGAGGAGAGCAAAGAGAGUGAUUCUCAGGGGACAGGAGAGGGGGAGGAGAGCAAAGAGAGUGAUUCUGUGGGGACCGGAGAGGGGGAGGAGAGCAAAGAGAGUGAUUCUGAGGGGACAGGAGAGGGGGAGGAGAGCAAAGAGAGUGAUUCUCAGGGGACAGGAGAGGGGGAGGAGAGCAAAGAGAGUGAUUCUGAGGGGACAGGAGAGGGGGAGGAGAGCAAAGAGAGUGAUUCUCAGGGGACAGGAGAGGGGGAGGAGAGCAAAGAGAGUGAUUCUGAGGGGACAGGAGAGGGGGAGGAGAGCAAAGAGAGUGAUUCUGAGGGGGAGGAGAGCAAAGAGAGUGAUUCUGAGGGGACAGGAGAGGGGGAGGAGAGCAAAGAGAGUGAUUCUGAGGGGACAGGAGAGGGGGAGGAGAGCAAAGAGAGUGAUUCUGAGGGGACAGGAGAGGGGGAGGAGAGCAAAGAGAGUGAUUCUGAGGGGACAGGAGAGGGGGAGGAGAGCAAAGAGAGUGAUUCUGAGGCAAGCCUAGAGGAGGAGGGAGAGGAGAAAAGUGAAGAGAGUGAUGGGGAAGGAGAGGAGGGAGAGAGUGGUUCUGGGACAAGUGGAGAGGGGGAAGAGGAGGAUAAGAGUGAAGAAGAGUCCAGUGAUGAAGAGAGUGGGGAUGAAAAUAAAGAGGACAAGGAGGAGGGUGGUGAUGAAUCAGGAAGUGAGGCUGAGAGCAAGAGUGAGGGAUCAGCAGAAGAGGAGGAAGAUGAACAAGCAGAAGAAGCAGAGAGUGAAGAAAGUAAAGCUACUGAGUCAGAAGAGGAGGAAGGAGAGGGAGAGAGUGGAACAGAUCAGGAAGGAGAGGGAGAGAGUGGAACAGAUCAGGAAGGAGAGGGAGAGGAUAAGGAAGGUUGUGAAAGUGAAGAAGAGGAGGAGGAGGCAAGUGUAAGUGAGGAGGAGGGAGAAGAGGAUGACGAUGAGGAAAAUGGAGCAGAAAGUGGAGAAGGUGAGGGCAAUGUAGGAGAAGAGGAAGAGGAAGCAGUUGAGGGUGAGGAAGAAGAUGAUGAAAAUGAAGGUGAAGAGGAGAACGGUGAAGUCGAGGAGGGUGAGGAGGAAGAGGAGGGAGGAGAGGAAGAGGAGGAAGAUGCUAGUGGAGAGGAGGAACUUGAAGAUGAAAAAUAUGAGGAAGAGGAGGGAGAAGAAGAAGAUGAGGGGGAAGAAGAAGAUGAUAAAGGAGAAGGGGAGGAGGGAGAAGGGGAAGAAGAGGAAGAUGGUGAAAAACAGGAAGAUGAGAAAGAGGAAAUAGAAGUGAGAGAGGAGGAAGCGAACAAACAAGAAGAGGAAAAGGAGAAGCAAGAGGAGGAAGAAGAAAAAGAUAUACAGGAAGUCGGUGGAAAAUACACAGAUGGAGAGGAGGGUGGAAAAAGGGGGGAGGAGAAGGGAGAUGAAAAAGAAUGGAAAGAAAAUAAAGAAAUUGAUAGUGAAUUAGAAGAAGAAGCUGCAGGGGAACAGAAAGGGGAGAUGGAGGUGGAGGAAACGGGAGAGGAAGAAGAGGAAGAGGAAGGAGAAGAAGAGGAGGAAGAAAAACAUAUUAAAGAAGAACAAGUUGAGGAAGAAGAGGAUGAGAAAGAUAGUAAAGAAGGAGAAGAGGAGGAGGAAGAAGAUGAGGAGGGAGAGGAAGAGAAAGAUAGUAAAGAAGGAGAAGAGGAGGAGGAAGAAGAUGAGGAGGGAGAGGAAGAGAAAGAUAGUAAAGAAGGAGAAGAGGAGGAGGAAGAAGAUGAGGAGGGAGAGGAAGAGGAGGAAGAACAGGAAGAAGAGGAGGAAGAGAUCAAAUCUGCAAAGGGGAAAAAGAAAGGCUCACAAAGCGUACCACCUAAAGCAGCUCCCCCCAGCAGGAAAGGGAUUGAAGAUCCCCCGGGGGAGAAACCCAAACCAGCAGCCCGUACCAAACAGAGGACCACAGGGGGAAAACAGGCCAAAAGUACCCAAGAAUCCCAACAGUUCUGGAAUAAUGUCUUACCCCAGUACCUGGAGCUGAAGUGAGACAUUCUGGACCUCAAUGGUUCCAAAUCCUUUAUGGAUCUGAGCCCAAACCUGCCUGAUAACAGUGGCUGGAAGGAUUCUGGACCUGAGAAACCUGUCAUUAGACUAACACAGUACAGGUGUUUGAGAACCUCUGUGUGGAUGUGUGCUUGUACUUUCUAUUAUGUCACUUAAACACAGUUGUGACCCCCCCCACAAAAAAAACGAUAUGUAUUUAUUUAUUGAGAUUUUUUUUUGCACAAACUGUAUCUUUUUAUUCUCAUGAAUGCAUAGUUUGUUCUUGUGCACCUAAUAUUGAAUGCCUUGACCUGACUGUUGGAAAAAUGUGAUUCAGUAUAUGACCGUUGGCAUAGAUCAUGAGGUAUUAGAGGUAACAUCUUAUCAUUUAGCCUGCCUGACGCAAACAGGGCCAAGCAGAUGUCAAUAGUAUUUCUUAGAUAUAUUUAUUUCUUAAAUAUCAUCUCAUGUGUAGUUAAUUGCCAAAACAUCUUUACAAACAACAUUGCUCCAUAUUUUAAAUACAGGCACUCAUACAGCCUGUCCCUGUGAAAAAUCAUUUUUAUUUAAUCAAUACCUAUGCAUAUAAUUUACACAGUAUGUGUGCUGUAAUGUAUCGUAAGGUAAUUCACUGGGUGUACUCAUACACUAAUGAACUGAAUUGUAAUAUGUAAAUAUUUUUCAUAAAAUAAAGAUCAAUUUAGAUAACUUCAUAGGACUCAUGAGUUAGGAUUAAAAAUGUAUUCUUUAAAGAAUCCACUGUGUGAUGUAAUCUAGGAAAAUAU